GCCACUAGUUGUCUACAACUCAAAACUUGUUUUCCUCUCAUGCAAUCCACUGUUUAGGCAGAAGGAAGCCCAGAUAUUGAGGAAAGCAUAAAUUGUCAACUGUGAAGAUGGAGAUAACCAAUGUUUCCGAGUAUGAGGCCAUUGCAAAGAAGAAAUUGCCAAAGAUGGUUUAUGACUACUACGCAUCAGGUGCAGAGGACCAGUGGACUCUUCGGGAGAACAGAAAUGCAUUCUCCAGGAUUCUGUUUCGACCUCGUAUUCUUAUUGAUGUGACCGAGAUAGACCUGACCACUACAGUCUUGGGCUUCAAAAUAUCAAUGCCCAUUAUGAUUGCUCCAACUGCCAUGCAAAAAAUGGCACAUCCUGAAGGAGAGUAUGCAACAGCAAGGGCAGCAUCAGCAGCUGGCACAAUUAUGACAUUAUCCUCAUGGGCUACCUCAAGUGUUGAAGAGGUUGCUUCUACAGGGCCUGGAAUUCGCUUUUUCCAGCUUUAUGUAUACAAAGACAGGAAUGUAGUUACACAACUUGUGAGAAGAGCUGAAAGGGCUGGUUUUAAGGCAAUUGCCCUCACUGUUGAUACUCCAAGACUAGGUCGCAGGGAAGCUGAUAUCAAAAACAGGUUCUCUUUACCACCAUUCUUGACACUGAAGAAUUUUGAGGGAUUGGACCUUGGCAAGAUGGAUAAGACAAAUGACUCUGGACUUGCUUCAUACGUUGCUGGUCAAGUUGAUCAAUCUUUAAGCUGGAAGGAUGUGAAGUGGCUUCAGACAAUCACUUCAUUACCAAUUCUAGUGAAAGGUGUACUAACUGCAGAGGAUACGAGGUUAGCCAUACAAAAUGGAGCAGCGGGUGUCAUUGUGUCCAAUCACGGAGCUCGCCAACUUGAUUAUGUCCCAGCCACUAUCAUGGCUCUGGAGGAGGUAGUCAAAGCUGCACAAGGCCGAGUUCCUGUUUUCCUGGAUGGUGGGGUCCGGCGUGGUACAGAUGUUUUCAAAGCAUUGGCACUUGGAGCCUCUGGAAUAUUUAUUGGAAGGCCUGUUCUCUUCUCUUUGGCUGCUGACGGUGAGGCUGGUGUAAGAAAGGUACUCCAAAUACUUCAUGAUGAGUUUGAGCUUACUAUGGCAUUAAGUGGAUGCCGUUCGCUCAACGAGAUCACUCGUAACCACAUUGUUACAGAAUGGGACCAACCUCGUCCUUUCCCUACCCCAAGGUUAUAAAGAUGCCUUGAAUAUCACCGAUGGGCCAACAUAUCAUCCAGUAAGUGUAAGGUUCCGUUUGCAUGAUCAAGAGCCUACCUGUUGGUGGAUAUGCUAAUUUCAGAUUCAAUGGAUCUUGAGAUAAUUUGAAGAAUUUAAGCUUUUGUA